AUGGCAUGCCCUGAAGUGGUGAGUGCCUACCCCGACGUAUAUACAAUCCGAUGUUGCCUUCUUUUGGCUUCGCCUUGGCUACCUACCUUAUUGCUACGUAGCUGUAGCUUCCAUCUCUCUUUCUUUUCUUAUUUUUGCCUCAUCCCAGUGCUCCUUGUUCCUUGUCAAGCCCUCUUGCCACGCUGCUUCACCUUAGAUCUAUCUACCCGUCGUCUCCCAUCUCCAUAUUCCUGUCCGCCCACCCUCAUUCUCACUCAUCCAUCUCCGCAUCUCGACGCACAACUUAUCUCGACGAAAACUACCACUCAGCAAACCGGCGCAACACGGUCUGGCUUGACUGUCUUGCCACGAAACGACAGAUCACUUUCGACCUCUCUUGUCACCGUCAUCCUUCUGUCACAAGAAGAGGGCUGGCUCAUCUCUUCUCAGCGGCGCCAAGGUACUAUCUAUCUGCCUCUCUGUCUGCCUGUCUAG